AUGUUCGAAACAAAAAAUGGAAAAUCUUUCCCAAUGUUAAUACAUGGAUUACUAAGAAAGAAUUAAAAACUGAAUUUUGAAAUUAUCAGUUUAAAGGAUAGAAUUUCAAACAAUCCUCUAAGUGUUUAGCAUUUAAGCAAGAUAAUGUUUCAUAUCACAAAUCUUUUACGGGAAUGUAAUGGGAGAAACCCUAACUUUUUGAAAAGCUUGAGUCUUGAUUAGAUUUAUGUAAAUAAAAAUAUUGAAGACGAUGUGAAUACCUUUAUAUUUGAAGAGGAUCAAGAAGGUGAUAAAAAAAAACAAAGCCUUGAUGUUAUACUAUUUUAAUUAUUUCAUGUUUUAGGUUUUGAUAUUAUGUAAGAGACUUUUAGCAAACCAAAUUAUUUCGAUUUAAUAAUUAAUUAUCUUUAUGACCAUAUCUUUGAAGAAAGACAAUAAGAUUCUUAAACUAAAAUUAAUGAAAAACACAUUUUAGAGAGAAUCUUUAAUGUUAAUAUAAUAAAGAUCAUGUAUGAUCAACCGUUUUCAAGGGUGUAUCUCAUUGAAACACCAUAUUACAUUAAUUCUUAAAGAAAUAAAAUUGUUGUCAAAUGGAUUAAAUAUAUUUCCGAAUACGACAUGAUACAAUAUUUACAUAGAGAAAUUAGACUAUUAGAGAGAGUUCAUGAUUUGGAAAAUUGUACAAAGUUGUUUUGUUACACUAAUGUCCUUCCUUAACAAUUUAUUUUUAUGAAGUAUUAUGACAUAACUUUAGAUGAUUUAAAUAAUGAGAUAGGCAAAAAUUAGGUAAAUGUUAUUGACUUGAUACACUUAAUUAAAUAAAUGUUAUUAGCAUUAAAGGGUCUUCAUGACAGGCAAAUUAUUCAUAGAGAUUUGAAACCUUAAAACAUUAUGUUUGAAUAUCUUAACGACAAUCAUAGUAUUUAAAAUAUGAGAUGUGUUCUUAUUGAUUUAGAUAGAUCUGAUAAUAAUUAAAUUGUGAAAUCUGUGAGAGAAUUCCAAUCUGAUUAUAUUGGUACUCCUGAGUAUCAACCGCCUGAAGGAACUUAAGAUCAUCAUUAUGAGGAAUCGUACGACAUAUGGCAAUUAGGAUAUAUCAUUUAAUGCAUAUUAUUAAGAGAUAAAAAUAAACUCUAUUCUAAAUAAAAAGAUAGACCAAUAGAAGAAUAGGUUUAUGAGAAUAUCUUUAAAUCAGAUUGGGAGAAGGUUAAACUAAGAUUUCCCAAAUUUUACGAAGUAGUCAAGCAAAUGAUGGAUUACGAUCCAUAAAAGAGACCAGCCCUUGUUGAGAUUGAAGAAGAAAUAAAUAAAAUUAAUUGA